AUGUUUUGGAGUAAAGAGAAAGAGAAAGACGCUGUAAGCGUUGUCUCGCUAGGCGAAGAGGAUGUGCAGCAUGAAACAAUCACAGCCAUGGGCUCCGGCGGCAGUGGCAGCAGGAGAGGCGACGAGAAGUUCGGGAAGAUGCCAGGUGACGUGGACGUGUUUUCUCUGUCGUCGUCUACGGAAAAGCACUCUCCUCACUAUACUGAUAUGACAGGUCACGAGCUGAAACAGGGUUUGAAGUCUCGUCACGUGCAGUUGAUUGCGCUUGGUGGUGCUAUCGGUACUGGUCUGUUCGUUGGUACUUCUUCUACGCUGCACACCUGUGGUCCUGCAGGUCUAUUCAUAUCCUACUGUAUUAUCUCUAGUGUGAUAUAUCCUAUCAUGCAAGGUAUCGGUGAGAUGGUGUGCUAUUUACCAGGUUCCGGUAGCAAACCGGAAGGUUUCGCCGCUUAUCUGGUUGGUAAAUAUGUUGACGAAUCUCUGGGUUUCGCUGACGCUUGGAACUACUACUACUGUUACGUGAUUCUGGUCGCUGCCGAAUGUACAGCUGCCUCUGGUGUCGUAGAAUAUUGGACCACUAGUGUACCGAAGGCGGCCUGGAUCACCAUCUUCUUGGCAGCAGUUGUCAUCUUGAACUUCACUGCUGUCAAAUUCUAUGGUGAAUCCGAAUUCUGGUUUGCAUCCAUUAAGAUCUUGUGUAUUGUCGGUUUGAUUAUUCUAUCUUUCAUCUUGUUCUGGGGUGGUGGACCAAACCACGACAGACUAGGAUUCCGUUACUGGCAGAACCCAGGUGGGUUCGCUCACCACAUUAGAGGUGGCAGUUUCGGCUCCUUCCUUGAUAUCUACACUGGUAUUAUUAAAGGUGGUUUCGCCUUCAUUCUAGGUCCAGAAAUGAUUGCCAUGACCAGUUCUGAAGUCGAGGACCAAAGAAGAAACAUUGCCAAAGCUGCUAGAAGAUUCGUUUGGAGAUUAAUGUUCUUCUACAUUCUAGGUGCACUUUCCAUCAGUGUUAUUGUUGCUUACAAUGACCCAGCAUUGGAGAAUGCUUUGGCUCAGAACAAGCCUGGUGCUGGUUCAUCUCCAUUCGUUAUCGGUAUUCAAAAUGCUGGUAUCAAGGUUUUGCCUCACAUUAUCAACGCAUGUAUCUUGUCAAGUGCUUGGUCCGCAGGUAACGCAUUCAUGUUUACAAGUUCCAGAUCUCUAUUGACUAUGGCUCAGAACGGGCAGGCCCCAAGGAUAUUUGCCAAAGUCAACAGAUGGGGUGUUCCAUACUAUGCCGUUGGUUUGUCUAGCGCUAUCAGUUGCUUGGCUUAUUUGAACUGUUCUUCUUCUACUGCCGAUGUCUUCAACUGGUUCUCAAACAUUAGUGUGAUCUCUGGUUUCAUUGGUUGGAUUUGUGUUUGUAUCGCCUACAUUAGAUUCCACAAGGCCAUCCUUUUCCAUGGUAUGCAAUCAAGAUUGCCAUACACUGCUCGUGGUAUGCCUUAUUUGAUUUACUGGCCAUUGCUAGUCAUCUCCAUCAUCACUUUGACAAAUGGUUACGAAGUCUUCAUUCCAAGAUUCUGGGAUGCUAAGAACUUCGUUGCUGCUUAUAUUACUUUGCCAGUGUUCUGGGUGUUGUGGAUUGGUCACAGAGUUUACAGAAGAAAGAUAUUCACAUUGAAGUGGUGGAAAAGCAUUGAGGAAAUCGAUGUUGUUACUGGUGUCGAGGAAAUUGAGGAAAAGACCAGAGAAUGCGAUGCAUCUCGUGUUCUUCCAACGAAAUGGUGGGAAAAGGCAUUGGACGCUCUGUUGUGA